AUGGAGGGGCCAAGGGCCGCCCCUCAGUCUUACUGGGACCUGGGUCUGGAAAAAAUAUUCAGGGUUGUGCCAGCAUUGCCUGAAGAUGGAAGACCAGGCCCUAAUCCUGAUACCUUUCGUCUGAAGCUGGUAAUAUGUGCAGCUAUUGGAUUUUUUACUGUUCUCUUGUUUUUGUGGAGAAGUGUUCAGUCUGUUAGAAGCAGGCUUUAUGUGAAGAGAGAAAAAAAGCUUGCUCUAAAACUUUCUGAACUAAUUGAAGAAAAAUGUAACCUACUUGAUAAAGUUAGCCUUCUUCAAAAAGAGCAUGAAGGCUUACAGUUGUCUUUCAAGGAUGCUAAUCUUGAGAAGACAUCAAGAGAAGUGCAACAUUUGGAGAUAAUACAUGAAAUGCUGAAUAGGUCCAAAUCUAAACUUGAGGAUAAAAUACUCUUUAUAGAAACAGAGCUAAAAGAAGAGAAAUCUAAACGUUCUGAACAGGAUGAAUUGAUGGGAGAUAUAUCAAAAAGGAUAAAGUCCCUAGAAGAGGAAUCAAAAUCCCUCAUAUCACAAGUAGCUGAAGCUAAAACAACCUUAAGACUAUUUCAAAUGAAUGAAGAAGACCUUAAAGUAGCAAUAAAAGAGGCUUUGAAUGAAAAUUCCCAACUGCAGGAAAGUCAGAAACACCUUUUACAAGAAGUUGAAGUAUGGAAGGAAAAAGUGAGUGACCUUAAAAAACAGAAAAUAACAUCUGAAGACUCUAAAGUACAGGCAGAACAAGUUCUAAGUGAUAAAGAAAAUCACAUUAAGUCUCUGACCGAACGCUUGCUAAAAAUGAAAGAUCAGUCUCCUGUGCUUGGAGAAGACCUAACAGAUGAUGGUAACUUGGAGCUGGAGAUGAGUGAAUCAGAAAUUGGUGCUCACUUAGGUAAUCAGCCAAAAGAAGCCUUGAAGGAACUGGUUUAUGCAGCUGAGUUAAAUGCCUCUUUAGAAACCUUAGAAGGAGAAAGAUGUCAAAUUUACACUUUAUUAUCUGAAGUAGAUAAAACAAAAGAUCUGAUAGAACGUAUUAAAAAUCUUCAGACCGAACAAGAAUCUUUGCAGUUAGAAAACACACAGUUUGAAAAUGAGAAUCAGAAGCUUCAGCAGAAAUUUAAAGUAAAGAUGGAACAACAUCAAGAAAAUGCAGUGAAACUCCACAGGAAAUUAGGAGUAGAGGAAAAGUGCCGGUUAGAGGAAGAGAAGAGGUUUUCCGAAGUUGAUCGAAAGAUCAACUGUGCAGCUAAAGAGCUGGAGACCUACAGAAAUCGAGCCAAAAAUCUUGAGGAAGAAUUGGAUAUCAUCGUUCAUUAUUAUGAGGGGCGGAGUAUUUCCUAUGAGAAAAAAGCACGUGAUAAUGUGUUGGCAAAUUGGAGAGCUGAAAAAAACCUCAAGUAUUUCAAGACAGUAAAUGCUCACAGGAGACAAAAAUUAACUGAAAUGGAGUUUCAAUUUAAACUUUUAGAAGAUCCAUAUGCACUUGAUGUUUCCAAUUCAGCAUUUCCCAGAGGGCAGUCCCCAUAUGGUCCUUCACCAUUGAGUGGACCUUCAUCUGAAAUGAGAGCUUUUCCUUUGGAAAAGAAGGGUCCACCCAGAUUGUCACCUUUACAUCCAGGGGAAGGAGGAAGAGACUCAGGAGACCCAGAGGAUCCUUUGGAUCAUCAGAUUAGCAAUGAAAGAAGAGAAUAAAACUCUGAUUCAGUAACUGAUCCUCACAGAGCACGUGCGGACACUGGGCCCCUGUCAUCGCCACGAGAACCAGAAUGUAAGAUGAUGAUCCCUCCACCAGGUCGACCAUAUUGGCAACAUGGAUAUUAUUCUAAUUAUGGAAGACCAUCUGAACCAGGAGAACUGCCUUCAAUACAAUGCAAAAAUGUCUAUUCACUAAGGCGUUUUCCUCAUUAUCCUCCACCAAGAGCUGAAUUUUUUCUCCCUACCCCCACAUUCUGA